UUUUUAGCCUAGAAAAAAUUAAAAAGGACAAAUAAUUUUAAUCAUGAAGUUACUAAUAAAGCAAUUAAAAGGUGAAACUCUAGAAGUUGAAAUAAGUGAACAAAAUAAAAUUUAUGAUUUGAAACAACAAAUCUCAAAAAGUUUGAAAGUUCCUGCAUCACAGUUAACACUUUUACAUGUUGGAAAAACAUUAUUAGAUGAUAAGCAAAUUGAUUGUUAUUCAAGUAUUAAAGAUGGAACGAAAUUAAAUUUGGUUGUUAAAAAACCAGAGCCAUUAAAUGAAGCUUUAUUAAGAUUUCUUAGUAGAUGGUAUACAAAAGAACAAAGUAUAAAAAUUACAGAUGCUUUUAUGAAGGAUUUCAAGCUGAAAGCUGACAGUUUAAGUUGGGAUGAUUUGGAAAGAAUUGCAACUGCUUGGUACGCUGAAGGAAGCUCAUGAUUUUAUUGCUACCCGAUGUAUAUAUUUAAUUUAGUUUAGAUCAAUGUGUAACCGUAUUCUUAUUUAAUAAAAUUUAAUAAUUUUUAA